AUGGCCCUGCCAGCUUUGACGCAUGUCGCUGAGGCACCCGGCGGACAGCACAACUACUGGGAUGAUGUCCUCCGCGUUCAGGCGGAGAUCCUAGUCUCUCGAAGAACGCCCUUCCCAUUUUCAGAUUCCCUCAAGCCCUGCCGGCUGCUCCUCGGUGGUCUCAGUCCCGACGGCCAGGAUGAGGAUGUGGCCACCAACCUCGGAUCCAAGCAUAUCGUGCCCCAGCAGCGCCUGCAGCUGUGGACGGCCUGUGUCUUCUCUACUCUCAGGUACGGCCUCACGAGCACUGGUCUUCCCCCUCGGGGACCUGAUAUUAUCCGGCAGGUUGUGGCCAAGCAGAUCCGUCUUGUCCUCAAGUCUCCAAGCUGGAUCACUCACGAGAAGACGGCCGCGCUCUAUGCUAGAUUUCACUUUCUGGACCCUGUUGAUCAGAUGGCUGCCCAAAUGCAGUCUAGACACAGCCGGCCUUCUCUCAGUAUUGAGGCCUUUGACACUCCAGAACGCCAACGUUGGCGCUCUGCCCUCCCGGCCUCCUUUACGCCCGGCCCUCGUACUGAUCGACUGUCGCCUACCCAGUCACCGGAGGAGAUGUCUCGUUGUGGCCUCGUCGACGUAUCGGGUGUCAUUGCGCGCACCUACACCUGCCCACACUGCCCGCAGACUUUUCCCACCUUAAUUGCCCUUCGCACCCACUGCACCAAAUCCCAUGGGAAGCUUGCCCCGGAUGUUCCCUCUCCGGUUGACCCAGAGACCCCUUCUGCCUCGACUUUACACACUACAUCCGCUCGCCGGGAAGCUGCUGCUCCCCCCGCGGCUGCUGUUGUGUCUACCCCUUCUCCUGCUAUCCCGCCCUCGCAGAAGGAGCUUCGUGCCAGGUUCAUGCAGUUCGCUAAGGAUGGCAUGCCCCACUGUCUUCUCUGUGAUCGCCAGUUUGCUGCAUGGCCGCCUUUUCUGAACCAUCACUACACCAACUCCUGCCCUGCUCAGGCUCAUGAUGGAUCCCUCGUGAAGGACCCUGCAGCCCCUGCGGCCUCCUCCUCAGUCCUUGUUGCUGAAUCAGUCCCUGAUGCGACGCCUCAAACCUCCGACCUGGUCCCGCCAGUUGGGGUGGACACUCCGCCUCCCGUUGAGGUGCCCUCUCAUCAGUUGCCGCUCCUUCAAAGAUCUGACAUCCGAACACUGGCCGGUCAGGAGGAUUGGCAACCUCUGGCACACUACCUCCGCUCCCUGCACUCUGCUCAUGGGCUGCGGCACUGCCCUGUUUGUCAUCAAUGGUUCACUCGCACACAGGACAUUUUUCGGCAUCUGAAGAGGCAGCAUCCGCUCCCGGCCCUGCAAGAGUCAAUGAGAGCUGAUUGGCUUACAGCAAGACCCAGCACGCUGUCGCCUGCCCUGUUCUACAACAAACCAUCACUUUGCGCAUCCUCAUUCGCCAUGAGCUUGGCCUCCUCUCUUGCCCUGGGCAGCGGCCUCUCCCUGCAGGAGACACAACAACGGGAGGCUCAGGCCGAGCUGUUGCUCCUCCAAUGCUGGGGAGAGGACAAGAAGGCGAUGGUUCAGGACACGGCCAACAAGCGUUCGGAGAUGGACCAAACGGAGGAGCCAGAGAGGGAGCGCGACGCGAAGUACUCCAGACCGGACUCCAAGGGUGGCUACGGCAGGGGCGGGAGAGGCAAGGGCAAUCAGCCAAAGGCCAACGGCCCUCGCAGACAGCCCUUCCGCCGCUCGGCGGAGACAGAGGCCGGGGCGCCGGAGGGCAUGAUGUGGCUUCUGGGCAAGCUCCUUCUUCGGCACGAGGAUCAAAUGGGCAUCGACAAGACCCAAAACAGCUUUGUCAUGUUCUUCAAGCGAGAGAGUGCUCUCUCCCUGAUCCCCCUCUUCGUGCAGAAGUCUCAGCACUGGAAUGCCCUCAAGGAGCAGAAGCAGGAAAAGAUGGACGAGAUUGCUCUCCCUCUCAGAACCUUCCUGUUUCAUACCCUGUUGGAGGCUCUGGUGAAGCGCAUCAAGGAUACCGUGCAGAACGACGAGCAGCUGAAGACGGCCACCACCCUCCAGGUGUUCCUUCCACGGGACGGCGACGCGGAGCUACAGGUGCCUUUUCUAAGCUACAACCAGGAGACCAAGACUCUGGCGCCUCGGCAGGAUCUGCAGCCCCUUCCGGUCUCAACGAUGCUCGAGAAACUGCAGGUCUUACAGAAGCAGUGCCUUUGUCCCCUGGCCAUCAUGCGCUUCCACUCCACCCAACGGCUCAGCGGGCCUCUCCAGGGCCCCACCGUGCCCUUCCUGCUUCAGGUGGGUCACAGAUCGCCGGAAGCGGCCGAGCUAUAUCUGAGCCUCCGCUCGCUGGCCAAUUCAGCGAUUUGGCAGUUGGUGGGAGGGUCCCUGCGCCCGGAGAAAAUGGGUCGCUCCGCGCUGGCGACGGAACUUGCUCGCCGUCUGCAAGGGCCCUUCACUCAGACACCGGCUCAUCCUCAGGUGAUCUGGUCCGCGGCCAUGCAUUCAGUCAUGCGGAGAAUGACUACACAGGCGCCUGUCCCUGAUCUCUGGUCUCUUCUCCAAUGGGCCAUCUUGCAUUCCGGGUGGGCCCGGCCACACUCCCAACAUGAUGUUGCGGAAUAUCUUACCUUCUGUCGCAGGUUCGUCAUUCCGGACCUGCUCUUGGGCAGGUGGCAGAACAGGCUUCUUCUUACCGACUGCAACCCUCUUCGCUGCCAGGUGCGUGACUGUGGGGAAGCAUGGCCUAUGCUCCUUGCAACGCCACCCUCUCAGUGCGAUACAGGCCCUAGUGGCAGAGUUACCAUCCAACGGCUUAUUCAUGCAUGGAAGGUCCAAGCUGCGGUUGGAGUCACUGCCCUCGAACGUGAGCCGAGCCUUUUAGUUUUGCAGGUCAAUAGGUUCAGCCCUGAUGCUAUCGGUGCAAAGGAUGCAACGAGUGUGCUGCCCGAUCCUCGCAUCUUGCUACCCUGCUUUCAGCAUCGACCCACUCCGCAUAAUUCCGCCCUUCUUGUGAGACACUGCGAAUACCAGCUGAUUGCAAUCAUUAUGCACGAGGGUCCCGAUGCAGCAUCCGGUCAUUACCGUGCGCUCCUUUGCACUUACCCUCCUGAAUCGGAGCCCACUUUCUGGCUAUGCGACGAUUCAAAAGAGCCGACCACUCUCACCGAGUUGCCGCUACCAGCAUUGACCACGGGCUAUCUCUACUUCUACUGCCGCACUCAGCAGUCUCAGCAGUCCUAG